AUGGAGGUACCUCCCAGCGCAGAGGCCCUUCUGAGCGACAUACCCAUAGAGUCUCUGCGCCAACUACUUACAACCGUACAACAUGACACUUCCCCUCCAUUGAUCACGCAUAUACCCACCUUGGACACUUACUUUUCGUCCCGCAGACCGCAGACCUCUCUCAGGAUUGGUGACGUGAUGGAAAUUCAAGGUCCCGCCGCAAGUGGAAAAUCCCAUCUCUUGAGCCACAUAAUCAUUACAUGUAUCACGCCGACCCAGCAUGAAUCCCGCGCUAUUGGUGGUUGGGACAAAGCUGCCAUUGUGAUCGAUAGCGACCACACCUUCAAUUUAGAAAGAUUCCAUCAGCUCCUUCUCACUCGCCUUCUUCGACUGCUUGGUCAUGCGGACCAGUCUGACGCUUGUGGCACGGUACCCGACAUGGCUAUCGUAGCGGGUAUCGCUUCGCGAUGUCUUUCGAGACUACAUAUCUUCCGACCGGAUACGGGUAUUCAGCUAGCAGCGACCUUGCUACGGCUCCCUCAAUAUCAUGCAUCUCUCCCCGAGCUGCAGACGACCGAAAUAGGUCUCCUCGCAAUUGACUCUGUAGGCGCAUUCUACUGGCAAGAUCGGUUCAGAAUGGAGCGAUUGCGGGGCACUCGAGAACCCAGCGGGGUGGGUGCCGACCCCGUAAGCUCCCUCGAGCAUGUUCUAUGCGCGCUACAAAGUUUCAGGGAAUCGCACGGUCCUCUGAUAGUCUUGACAAAUUGGGGUCUCAACCCUUUGACGAAAUCGUCCGUCCACGUCGGAGAAAGUCUAUAUCCCUUUUACAAGCAACACCUUCACCCUUUCCCCUCACCAUUCGAGUCUGCGUACGUGGCUGGAAAGGCCAUCGAUCGUACAGACCACACCCGAGUCUCUGACUCGCUUGUCAACCCUGCUACGGCACCUCCGGCAUCGCAGGGGACUGCUUCUGCUGUCACUGGUCGCAACUUGCGACGUGAACAUCGGGUACUGCCUCUGACUCAUCACAUCACCUUGCGGCCUGCGGCAGUAGCUCCCCUCUCAACAGACUCCACUAUAGCGGAAGCGCUGCAAGGCAAUAUCGCAAGAUCGAUUAUUGUGAAGAAAGGAGAGGUGCAGGGUUUCGUUCGGUCGCCAGGAAGCGCCGCGGUCGGGAAGUUCUCAUUUUUCAUCACGUCGGAGGAAUUACUGGCGCACCAUCAACUUGAUUGA